AUGAUUACUAACGGAGACGUUUCAAAAUGCUUUUUACUUAUUUUCCUUCAAGUGACAAACGCUCUAAUAGAUAACGAAAGUUGUGAAAAAGAUAAGUGUCAUUCCGAGGAAAAAGAUAUGACAUCUCAAGCAUUGGUAUUAUAUGACGAGAGCCUGGUAUCGCCGUUCCACAAAACUAGCAGAACCUUUUCAUUUGCCGGCAAGGAACUGGUCAUCAAACAGGAAUGGAAAACAUUGGGGAUAGCAGCUGUUGUUUGGGACGCUGCUAUUGUAUUGUGUGAAUACCUGGAAAAGAAUGUGGAGCUUGUAAAUGGUAAAAAAGUCAUAGAGCUUGGAGCAGGGUCCGGAAUUGUUGGUAUUGUUGCAGCGUUAUUAGGUGGAAAAGUGACAAUUACAGAUCUUGAUGUAGCCCUAGAGUACAUCAACGAGGUUGUAGAAGAAAACCUGAGGGACAAGCCUGGUUUGGACGUUCAAGUUAAAGGUCUUGAUUGGACAAAAGACUGGUCCAAAUUUUCUGCGGACUAUGAUAUUGUAUUAGGAGCCGACAUUAUCUAUAUUGAGGAAUUGUUUGAUGAUUUAUUGAAAACAUUUUUACAAAUCUGUCAUGAAAAUACUGUGGUGGUGUUAUCAUGGCGCUACAGAUAUGACAGAGACAAUCAAUACCUGGAUCUGAUGAGAAAACAUUUCACGUUAAAGAAGAUAUUUUAUGACUCUUCUCGUGAUGUAAAGAUAUACCUUGGGAAACUCAUUCAGAAAAAUAAAGUUGAUGUCAAAUAA